GCGCAAACCAUGUUUAAAUACGGCAGAAAAAAGAGACAAGACGAAAAAGAGCAACUUGAAGAAGAAGAAGAAGAAGAAGCUGCAGCUGCAGGAAUAGCAUCGUCAGCUGCACCUCCGCUACCGCCACCCAAAGAUAUUUCUCCUGCUGUCACGUCGACCACCAGCGCAACCAUCUACAAGCCGCUUGACGAGAUUGACUUGCCACGCGAUUUCAGAGCUUCAUUGAUCGUGACCCAAUUCAACCCUGACCCACCUACCGAUCUGUCCGUGCCUCAAGAUGGAAAAAGCGACACCGAACGUCUUUCCACUUUACCCAUGCCGUCCAUGCCUUGGAUGACGGCGGGUUCGACCGAUUCGACGCGCCCACCAUUGUCGACAAUGACUGCCUCCAAACCCACACCUAGUACUACUACUCCACCGCUUUCGCCCACCUCGUCUUCUUCAGCGUCGGAUACGCUGGUACGCAAAAGCAGUAGCACGCGUAGCAGUAAUGAACCCUGGCGACCCCCCCUUUUGCUGGGUAGCGGAGGAAGGCAAAUGAAUAAAGGGGACGAUUUCCAAGAUAUCGCAACAGGCCCUCCCAUCAUUCCACGUAGCAAAACACCACCACCACUGCCUAUCAUGCAACCUAUUGCGCUCAAUCAUCAUCACAACAACAACAACAGCAAGGGCAAAACAAUAUUCGACUCGGAUGAUGAUGAUGAAGCGUCGGACAACGACCCAUUCUUUCUUGAUUUUUCAGCAGGCAGGCCCAGAUCGAAAUGUAUCAGCAAAAAGUCAAUGGCACCCACGAGAGAUGCCAAGACGCAGCGAAUCAGUCGAUUUGAUCUCUCUGCCUUUGCAAACCAUCUUCACGAGAACCGACUAUCAAUGAUGCAAUUGCGCCAAACGGUUCAUCUUUCUGAGGAGGAUGAAAAGGAAUUGAUGCAGUUGCUUGAAAAGCGAAAGAGUAUGGCACCCACUCGCGAGAGUCACAGUGACACUGCUGCUGAUGUCCAAGAUCAAUUCGUAGAGUCAUCAUCGUCUGACGAGUUGCGACCACCAGUACCAUUACUGGUACCACCACAGCGACCGGUAUCCAAAAAGCCAUCGUUAUUGUUGCAAAAACUCAAGGGUAGCAGCCAUAGUGCCGCCAAAGAACUCGAUCCUGUCGAACCUACCCCUUCGCUAUCCGCGGAGCAGCAGCAGCAACAGGCGGAGAGAAAACGGCGGGUGCGUAAAUCGAUGAGUAUGGACGAAAUCCAUCGCAUGACAACAGCAAAGAAGGACGAAAAGACACUUGUCAGCGAGGCUCCUACGGUACCGUCAAUCCAGGAGGUUGAUGUAUCCAACAAGAAAACCUUGGCACCCUCUACUUCAACCCCCUCUUUGAUGGCACCAUGGAACAUGCACAAAUCAUCAUCAUCAUCAUCCACGCGGAAACUCGCUUCGUUUACUAGCAACAACAACAACAACAACAAUUACGACGACGCUAGCAAGAGCAGCAGCGCCAGUGAUACCCCCAAGCCGCAACGAACAGCCAGCACCACACCAGGUCAGAAAGCAAUUGGAUUGUUUGGUAGCUUGCGACAAGCCAGUCGAUCGCAUCAACCCUUCCGAGGUCUUGUACGCAACUUGAGCAGUGCUGGUAGCUAUUACCGAGCGCGUCAUUCUUCUGCCAACGGUACUGUCGAGACAGGAGGCAUGUCCCGUGCAGCAAUGGCGGUCAUGGAACAUCAGCAAGGCAACAACAACACGAGUCACAGUAGCAGUGUGGGUACAAGAACACCCUCCAAAGAUGCAAAGACAAAAUUAACCGCCACAACAACAAUGACCAGCAGUAUGUCAACAACGGCAACAGCAACAACGAAUACCAAUGCGCCUUUUACCACGGCGGCAGAGGAUCAUGGUGAAGGCAGUGGUGGAGGAAAUCUUUUAACAACUCUGUUGGCCAAGGCAAGCAAAAGUAGUAAAAGGACCAAGACGGUCAAUAUGAAUCAUCACAACAGUUCAGCAAACAGCAGCAGCAGCCGGCGACGUGAAAAGACAAAAUCACGCGUCGUUCGACGCACCAUCAUAUACGUACCGCCUGAUUCGCUCAACUUUAUGAAAACACUCCAACAACAAGGUGGUGGCGAUGACAUCUCAGCUGGUCUGAGAAAGAAGGGUCCAGCACCACCUCUACCACCUGACAUGUUGGAAAAAAUGCGUCAAUUGCAAAAGUCACCGUCAUCCAAACCAACAAGUAGAAAGCCAACAUUGUUAUCGCGUCAUUCGGAAAUAGAAAAAGACGAUGCAGAUCUCAGUACUGGUAGUAGUAGUAGCAGAAGCAGCAAGCAGCAAGAUGAUAACGACAACACACGUGCUAGUACGGUUGGCACCCAGGAAGAAGAUGCGACCGACGACCUUGGAAGCAUACUCAAUUAUUAUGACGAUGGAAGCUUGUAUGACUAUUACCAGAGCCGAGACUCGCCGACUGUACCACAGCUGGAAGGGUUGGAACUGCGUGAAAUGAGCGACGGCACGGUCGAAUGGGGUAUUGUCAAGAAACAAGGCAAUCGCAAGAGCUUUUAUGUACACGACAACAAAAGACGAGAUGUCGAAGAAGAAGAAGAAGAAGAGGAAGAUGAAGAGAAAAUUGAAGAGCAGGUGUUGGCAUUGAUGGGACUUGGCGUACAUGGAGAUGCUAGCAAGCAAUCUUUAGCACCUUCCACAACUACUACGACUACGACAACAAGCCCUCCACCCGUUCCACGUCGAUCGCCACGACGACGGAUCGACAGUGCUGAACAACAAAUGCAACAACAACAGCAACAACAUGUAGACAACCAUCGAGCCAAACAUAUUUCGACGAUCCAUUCACGGAAAGACGCGUCGACCACGGACGUUUACUUUGCGCCACAACAGACACUCCCUAGUCUGCUCCAAAUGAUAGCGGAUUCGGCACAGGAAGAGGAGCAGCAGCAGCAACAGGCCAAACGAAAGAAGCAGGCUUCGGUAGAGGAGCAAUUGGAUGAAAUGAUGCGCUCAUUCCAGCCACCUGUUGAACCUACAAAGUUCUAACAGUUUCUUAUGAACAUGACAACUCUUUUAACAUCAUUGCAUCCCCAUCCCCCACCUAGUACAUUCUAUUACUAUUACUUUUACUAUUGCCACUGCACCUACAAUUACUACGCUAGUGUUACAUGUAUAUUUAUUACUACUACUUGUUUUUUAAACUCGCUUUUCUUUUUCCUAAUGCUAUUUGGUGACAACCCCGAUCGGGAAUUACACAGCAUUUUGGCGUUUGUGUGUAAAAAUAUUCAAUCAUGAGCUAUGUUUGUUUUGCC